ACGUUGCUGAUCAGCGGGUAGUUGUCGCGUAGACAGCAGACGAAGAACUUCACGCUAAUAUGAUCUUUGACUUUUCUAAAAUUAUUAGUUUUGAUAAAAUUCUCUACGUCUAUGAAUGUCAACGGCUCAGCGAUGAUGGAAGCGGACUUUUCACGGGGUGACGAAAAAAUGGAAACAAUAAAUCCGCUAAGAGAAGUCCCAGAGGGGGAAAAGGAAAAUCGAAACUCCUGUGGGGCGCCCCAUGGAGUUGGGGCAGUGGACGGGAACCACUCUGAAAAUAUUGACAUAUGCGAGAAAAAGAAGAAACGAAGGAGGCGUCCGAAGGGUGGUAUGAAACAUAAGAAAUACAAACCUUAUGACAAAUUAAGUUGGAGUGAAAGACGGGAUUUGGAAGAAAAGGAAGCAGUUCGUGCAAAUCAGAAAAGGGAGGAUGCAUUUAAACACGGACAUCCAGUUGCACCGUACAAUACUACCCAAUAUUUAAUGGAGGAUCAUAUUAAAAAUGAGGAAAUUAAUCCAGAUUUGCAUUUAGAAGGACACUGUCAUAGAAUUAAUUCUAGAGAGUCACGAGAAGGUUCCGGUGGGGGCACUGAUUCUUCCGAAGAAUCAUUUACUUCUACAGAAGAUGAAGAAAUUGAAAACGACAGUUCUUAUCAGGAACAUCAAUUCACUGAGACAUAUGAUAAUAUGGCAGCAGAAAGAUUAAGAAAUAUGAGCAAAGAUGAAUUAAUCAAAGAUUAUGUUGAACUUGAAUCUAAACUUGAUCGACUGGAAAAAAGGUACAGAAGGCGUCAGAUGCGUUCCAAAAGUGGUGAAAGUUCGGGUUCGCUCAGUUCUGGGGGAGAGGAGUUUAUGGAUUUUGAUGAAGUAAAAAAAUUUCAAGAAGAAAACCGAAGAUUAAAGGAAGAAAAUGAACUGUUAAAAAAAGAAAUUGGAAAGUUAUCAGAUCAUGGAUCUAAUUAAAACUGAAGAUUUUGACUUGUGAGUUAAGAAGAAGGAACUCUCGAGGUGCUGAUAAAUUUUAUGUAUAAAUUUGUAGAUUUUCCUCUUUUGAGUAUAUUUUAUCAAAUUUUUAACGAUUAUCUUUGAAUUUUAAAUAGAUAAGUUCAGACAUAGAUGACUAGAAAAUAUUGCCGAUAUAUUUCUAUGUUAAAAUUUGUUUCAUCAGCUUUUUUUUCUAUAAAUGCAAUGCCAAUGGUAAAAGAUUGAAACAUUUUUAAUAAAAAAAAUUUCUUCAGAAAUUUUUAGUUACUUUAAAAUUUAUGGAAACAAAUUAGGUGUUCAAUUUUUUAAAAUGAUAAUUAGUAACUAUUGGAAAAUUCUGUUCACUCUGUCUGUCUCAGAUAAGAUUUUACUCUUAUAACAUGUUAUUGUAUGAUGCUUUAUUGAGUUUAAUAUUGUUUAUUUGAUGUGUAUACAUAUGGAUGUGUACAUUUGUACAUGUAAUAUUGCUUCUUUAGGGCUAAAUCUAGUCCAAAGGGGGUUUUAUUAUUUUAUUAUUUUAAAUUAUAUGGGCAUUACUAUACAUGUAUAUACAUAUACUAAAAUGUUGAAAAGGGAAAGUUGGUAAUAAUAAUGAUCCAGCAAAUAGUGCCAUCAAUGUAGUUACAAUUUUGAAAUUGUUGACUCUGUUAAUAUUUGAAUUAAAAAUUUUUCUUCCCAAAUGUAAAAAAUAAUCUUCCCAAAUGUUAAAAAUAAGUGUGUACUUAAUGCUUACAAAAAAAAUCUCAGCAAAAUUUUAAAAUGCAAUUUUUUGGCUUACAAUUACAAAUUAAACUGAGUCAACAAUUAAAUUGAGUUACAUUGCGAUACAUGUAUCUUGGAAUAAUUCCUAGAAUUCCAUUUUUUUUAAAACAUGUGCAUGUAGAUUGUUAUUUAAAUUUGAAAAAUUAUUAGGUGUUGCAUUUAUUGUCUUUUGACAAAUUUUAUUUUUAUAUAUUUUCGCACAUAUUUGUGUACUCAUACAUUGCCAUUUAGUCUUUCCUUUUUCAAUCAUGUCCAUGAACAUAUUUGUAUGCGAUUUUUUUUUUAUUAGUUUCUUGACAUCUUGACCUUGUUUCUUAUAGCUAUUUUUUUUAAAAUAAUAUACAUAUAUGUAUGACUAUUUGAUUUUUUAGUGGAAGAAUUAUCAUUUUGGCUGGUGUCAUCACGUAAUAAAAUAUCCCUGCCAAUUUACAAUAUGGAAUUUGGAAUAAUGUUAAUAUUUUUGGAUAAAGUGAUAGAUUGUCCAUGUGCAAAAGCAAAAAAAAACAAUAAUUUUACAUUAUGCAUACUUUCUUUGGCUUCGUUCAAGUAACUUGUAACAGAGAUUGUGAUAAAAGGAAAUUUAUUGAAAAAUAUUACAGCGGUCUCUUGUACAGUGCUUGAGGUUUUUUUUUCAUCAGAAAAUCCCAAAAUACAUUUCGUUUUUUCUUAAUGUCAAGUUUGAUUUAAACUUCUUUAUUUGGCACAUUUUAAUUAAUGUCCAGGUAAAAUACAUGUACUAGAACCUUUGUGCAAGUUUGGUUGAUAAUUAAUAUCAUGUCAUGAUUACAAAUGUAACUCUUAAAAUAUUGUUUAAAAUAAACAAACACAUGAGAAAUAAACAUGAUAAAGGAAAACAUUUAAAAGACAAAGAUAAACAUACCAAAUUCUUGAUUAGAACUAAAAUAGGAUUCCUGGUUCAAAAAUUAGAGAACUUUUUUUAAUAAAAGUUGAAUAUCUAAAUAGAGGGAAUCAAAACAUUUUUGUAGUUAGUUUGUUUAUUUUCUGUUUAUGUCGUUUUGUACAUGUACAUACUAUAUCAUACUUGUUGCACUACAUUGUUUGUUAUGUCUUUUUUAAUUGAAUGAAGUUGAACAUCAAUGAUCAUGUAGCAUCAGAUCUAUGGUUGAUGCCAUCCUGUAUGUCAAACAUACUGUCUUCAUGUUAAACUUUUUCACAGACUUGCAAUAGGGGCAAGUUAAGUGGUUACUUUAUAUGUAUCUAAACAUAUUCUAUACAAACUUCAUAAAGCCUGAUAAAUAAGUGUAAGGAUUCACCAUAUUACAGAUAUUUUCUCAAGGUUUGAUUAAUGAUAAAAAAGAAGGCUGUCAUGGUAUAAAAGAUAUUCAAAUAUUUUUAACAUCCAGAAGACAAAGUUACUUUUAGUAUUAAAAAAAAAAAAACCUUCAAAAGAAAAUAAGACCCUGUUUCACUUCAAUGUUUCCUAUUUUGAAAUCUUUUCAUAAAUAUCACAAUAUUUACAAACUGAAAAUAUUUUUAGUAUUUCAUUAAACUUGUCAUCACUUUUGAUUCAAAAUUUUAGUAAUUUCACAUGUUAUUUAACAUAACACAUGAAAUUGUAUUUAUAAAAAUGCCAAUUACACCACCAGUGUAAGGGAGAUUUAGAUAUACACUGUAGGUUGCAGCUGCCUUGAUAUUGACAGUUAUAAAUUCAAUAUCAGUAUACAUGUAUUUUAAACCAUUUUAUAGCUUUUAUGGUUUGAGAAAAUUUAAUAAUGAAUUUGAAGUUCAAAGAGAAAGAAAGUACAAAUGUAUGAAUUACAAACUAAGUUAACUUGCCUUUGGUGUGCUCAGCUUUUACUUAUAGAAUCAAAUUCUAAACAUAUAAUACUAAAAACAUGUCAAAAAUACCAGGAUGGAAAUUGAUGUCUACAAACAUGAAUAAAAAUAGUUUUCAAUGGAGGCCCAAUGUGGGAGAAAAUGCCAAUCAAAAUCUAUGCAAAAGUACUGUCUUUUACUUACUUGUUAUCUAAAUAAAAAAGGACAAUACAUUUAAAUGUCAUUGUUUUGUAUGAACAUUUCUUUAAAACUUAUAAUUGCUGAAUUAUUUCAUGUUCAUUUCAUUUUUUGGGCAGCUAUUUAAGUCAUGGUUAAAUGAAGUAAAUAAGAAAGAAAAACAUACCCAUUGCACCUCCAUCUGUCAUCAUGACAACCUUUUUGUGAUGUUUUGUCUUUUUUGUUAUGGCAAAAUGUUUACAAUUUACACUGUUAAAGUUUUAUUAUAAAGUUAUAAUAUAACCAAGGAA